AGCAGCGGCGGCAGCGAGGGUCCUGCGUGGAGAGUGGAGCGCGACGCGGACUCGCGGGCGGGAGGCUGCGCUUGGGAACGCAGCACGCGAGGACUCGGCACAAGAGCGACUCGGGGCACGAGUGAGAGAAGGCGGUGGCGACGGGGUCGAGGGUGACAGUGCUGAGGUGCGGGAGACUCGGAUUGCGAGCGAGAAGAGAUUGCUGCCAUGAUGACCCUGAGCAACACUGUGGGUUCUGUGCCACACAGCAAGAGGGACUGAAGGUUCAUAAGAACAAAAAAUAGCAGUCAAUGAGAGAAACAAAAGGACUGGGCCAUCAAAGAGCAGCGUGCUUGCCCCGCUGGCCACCAUGCGGAAAGGAGUACUGAAGGACCCAGAGAUUGCUGACCUCUUCUACAAAGAUGACCCUGAAGAGCUUUUUAUCGAUUUGCAUGAAAUUGGACAUGGGAGCUUCGGAGCUGUGUACUUUGCAACAAAUGCUCACACCAACGAGGUGGUUGCAGUUAAGAAAAUGUCCUACAGUGGGAAGCAGACCCAUGAGAAAUGGCAAGAUAUUCUUAAGGAAGUUAAGUUUUUACAGAAGUUGCAGCAUCCGAACACCAUUGAGUACAAAGGUUGCUAUUUAAAGGAGCACACUGCUUGGUUGGUGAUGGAGUACUGCUUAGGUUCAGCCUCUGACCUGUUAGAAGUUCAUAAGAAACCACUUCAGGAAGUGGAGAUUGCUGCUAUCACCCAUGGUGCCUUGCAGGGGCUGGCCUACCUCCACUUUCACUCCCUGAUCCAUAGGGAUGUUAAAGCUGGAAAUAUCCUCCUCACAGAACCAGGGCAGGUGAAACUGGCUGACUUUGGAUCCGCCUCCAUGAGUUCUCCUGCCAAUUCCUUCGUGGGGACGCCAUACUGGAUGGCCCCAGAGGUGAUCUUGGCUAUGGAUGAAGGACAGUACGAUGGGAAAGUUGACAUCUGGUCGCUCGGCAUCACCUGUAUAGAACUGGCCGAGCGGAAGCCCCCCCUCUUCAACAUGAACGCCAUGAGCGCCCUCUACCACAUCGCCCAAAAUGACUCCCCGACGCUACAGUCCAGAGAAUGGACCGACUCCUUCAGGAGAUUCGUUGAUUACUGCUUGCAAAAAAUACCUCAGGAGAGACCAGCUGCAGUGGAGCUGUUACGGCACGACUUCAUUCGGAGGGAGCGGCCACCACGGGUCCUCAUUGACCUCAUACAGAGGACAAAAGAUGCUGUCCGAGAGUUGGACAACCUGCAAUAUAGAAAAAUGAAGAAGAUUCUCUUCCAGGAGACUCGAAAUGGACCCUUGAAUGAGUCACAAGAGGAAGAAGAGGACAGUGAACACGGAAGCAACCUGAACAGGGAGGUGGACAGCUUGGGCAGCAUCCACUCUAUCCCCAGCGUGUCAGUGAGCACAGGCAGCCGGAGCAGCAGUGUGAACAGCAUGCAGGAGGUCAUGGACGAGAGCAGCUCUGAGCUCGUCAUGAUGCAGGAAGAUGACGGCACUAUCAACUCCGGCUCCUCCAUGGUACACAAGAAGGAUCAUGUAUUCGUAAGGGAUGAGGCGGGCCACGGCGAUCCCAGGCCUGAGCCGCGGCCUACCCAGUCAGUUCAGAGCCGGGCCCUCCACUAUCGGAACCGAGAGCGCUUUGCCACGAUCAAAUCCGCGUCUUUGGUUACACGGCAGAUCCACGAGCAUGAGCAGGAGAACGAGUUGCGGGAACAGAUGUCAGGUUAUAAGCGGAUGCGGCGCCAGCACCAGAAGCAGCUGAUCGCCCUGGAGAACAAGCUGAAGGCUGAGAUGGAUGAGCACCGCCUCAAACUCCAGAAGGAGGUGGAGACGCAUGCCAACAACUCGUCCAUCGAGCUGGAGAAGCUGGCCAAGAAGCAAGUGGCUACCAUUGAAAAGGAGGCGAAGGUAGCUGCAGCAGAUGAGAAGAAAUUCCAGCAGCAGAUCCUGGCCCAGCAGAAGAAGGACUUGACAACUUUCUUAGAGAGUCAAAAGAAGCAGUACAAGAUUUGUAAGGAAAAAAUUAAGGAGGAAAUGAACGAGGACCAUAGCACACCCAAGAAGGAGAAGCAGGAACGGAUAUCGAAGCAUAAAGAAAACCUGCAGCAUACGCAGGCUGAGGAGGAAGCCCACCUGCUCACCCAACAGAGACUGUACUACGACAGAAACUGCCGCUUCUUCAAGCGGAAGAUAAUGAUCAAGCGCCACGAGGUGGAACAGCAGAACAUUCGGGAGGAACUAAAUAAGAAGCGGACGCAGAAGGAAAUGGAGCACGCCAUGCUGAUCCGGCACGACGAGUCCACCCGAGAGCUGGAGUACAGACAGCUGCACACGCUGCAGAAGCUCCGCAUGGAUCUGAUCCGGCUACAGCACCAGACAGAGCUGGAGAACCAGCUGGAGUACAAUAAGAGGCGGGAGCGGGAGCUGCACCGGAAGCAUGUCAUGGAGCUUCGGCAACAGCCGAAAAACUUAAAGGCCAUGGAAAUGCAGAUUAAGAAGCAGUUUCAGGACACUUGCAAGGUACAGACCAAGCAGUACAAAGCACUCAAGAACCACCAGUUGGAAGUCACUCCAAAGAAUGAGCACAAAACAAUCCUAAAGACGCUGAAAGACGAGCAGACAAGAAAACUGGCCAUCUUGGCAGAGCAGUAUGAACAGAGCAUUAAUGAGAUGAUGGCCUCGCAGGCGGUAAGUGGGGAGGGUUGUUGCCACAGCGUCAAGAGCUUUCGGGAUUUCAAGAAAAUGCAAGAUCCGGCUUUGAUUCCCAAGUACCUUCUGGGAUAUAUUGGUUUAGGAUAUAUUGGUGGCUUCUUUUCCUGCCCGAGGAAUGGAGGAAAAAGACGACGCCGAGUACAGCCAAGGCCAUGCGGAUACUCGCUGGAAUGCGUCUUCUCAGAUGGAGCUGAAGGAGCAGUGGCAGUCCAGCCGGGGGGCACAUGGGGAGGGCGAGAUGGGAUGGAUGCCGCGCGUGUAUACGCUUCUUCACCAGAAGUUUACCGACCACCACCCCAACUAAUGUCAGGCAUGGCCCUGCUGCCUCCAUGCCCACGGUCAAGUGAGGGGAGACACACACACACACAGAGACAUAUUUGCUAAACAAACUCUGGCCAGGCCUCUGCAGGCAGCGCUGCACUGAGCCCAGAGACAGGGGAACCAGCUAGAUGGGUCUCAUGCUAUGUCAGGAAGGCUGGGAAGUCAGAUCACUGAGUGGUAAUAGCCAAGCACACUGAGUACUUAGUUAUCGGGGUAACCAGGGCCUUGGAAGGACAAGGAGGAACAGGGAAGCUGGCCCAGAGAUCCCUAGGGAAGAAAAAGGAAGCUGUCGAAAUACAUGGUUCUGUAUAGGCCAAGUCCAGACAAGGAGAGUGUGCCCCUGGGGCUCAGAGCUGAAGGGCAAGCCUGGGGUUCAAGAAGGAGGACUGGGUUGGGAGCCGUGGUGCACACCUGUGAUCCCAGCAUUCGGAAGACUAAGGCAGCAGGAGUGGGACAGCCUGGACUACUAGCAAGACCCAGUCUGGCAGAACAAAGGUGGGGGAUGUAGUUCAUCAGGAGACCACUUGCAACAGGGCCCCCAGCCCUGAAAAGAAGGGAAGAAGGGGUAAAAGGAAAGAGGAAGAGAAGAGGAAGAAAGAAAGAGGGAGGGGAGGGGCCCCCAUGUACCCCUCCUGUCUUAUCCCAGGCUAGUCUCUCCUGGUUCUCCACUGGAUCACAGGAUCCCAAGGAUGUUGGUAGAUUAGGAAAUGGGUCUGUCAGGGAAUUGAAUGACAUCAUCCCACCAUGACCAGCACUGAUGGCCACUGGUUUACUAAACAGAAACAUUAGUUCUACCUGAGGUUGCACUCUGCAAAGAUUCAGAAGCUCCACAGGCCUGAGAACGAAUGGCCAGCCUGACCACCUGCCACAGCUGGAGAGUCACACAUGGGGAUAGAGGUGAGGGUCAGAACCCCAAGGCAGGAGGUGAGCUGUCACUCUACGAGAGGCCUCGGGUGACCAGUGUGCAGUUGCUGUGAGUCCUGGGGUCCACACAGUACAAGAGGGUUGUGGGGGGCAGGCACAUGGACGUGGUGAAGGCUGGGCAGGGUUUGGGGGAACACUUGCGGGGGGCAGCAGAGAGAAUUGAGUUUCAAAGGGGAGUUCCCAGGAGCCCGGGAGAGUUGAGGAAAGAAGGUGCACUCUCGGAUGCCGGGCACAGUGAUUGAGUAAGGUGGCCCUGAGCCUUGUAUCCAUGUGGAGAGAUGCAGACCCUAAAAUCUGCAGGUCAGAAGGGAUGCCAGGAUUAAAGACAAAGGGUCCCAUGCCUUUGCCUUGUGGGGGCAGCUGUAACAGUCAGGAGUUAGUAAAUCUACCAGGGCCAUGUGCGGGGUAGUUUGAAACGCAGGCUGGGGACAGGAUCUGGUAGCCAUCCGUGUUUGAAAGCUGUGUGAAGGGUAGACAUAGAUCAAAGAGGAUGAGAACCCAAAGAUCAGGAGAGUCCGGGAGAGAGCAAGUCACAGAUGGCAGAGCAAAGCUUCCCACCAUUGGGUUCAAAUGUGCAGGAGCCACGAGAGCAGCAAACCUCAGCGACCUCCCCGCUUUGGACAGCGGCUUUAGCCAUGAGGCACAACAGUGAAACUUGGAGGUGUCCUUCCACUUCAAAGGGAUGUGGCUGCAGCUCGGUGGGCAGAGUGCUUCCCUAGCACGUGUGAGGCCCUGGGUCUGAUCCUCCACAGUGCAUAAACCAGCAUGGUGUCACCUACCUAGGAUCCUGGUACCUGGGAGAUGGAGCAGGAGGAUCAGAAGUUUAAAGCCAUCCUCAACCACAUAGCAAGUUCGAGGCCAGCCUGGGCUACAUGAGACCCUGUCUCAAAAAUAAAGAGUGCCCAUAAAAAGAAAUCCUCUCCCAUCCUCAUCAGUAGAGACAGAUAGACGCGCAGCAAGCCGAGGGGACAAUGAAGCUCCCAGCAGUAGGAAGAGGCUCGGGCAGGUUCUUAGCUGGUGCUGCCACGCUCUUCACACCUCAUUCACUCGUCCGUCCAUCCGUCCGACAAGUGAUUGUGACGUCCGCAGCAUGCUCCAGGCAUCCCUGGAGGGGAUGACCCUCUUUCCCUGACCAGUUCUCCAGGGGCAGCGGACGAAGCAGAAUCAAAAGGGGGCUGCCAGACAUGGAGUCGGGCAGAGAAGCAAGGAGACAGCGGUGGAACCAGAAGGGCUAGCCUGGUCUGGAGGCGGCAGGAGUGGGAGAACCAUAGCCCAUCUGAAGAAUUCAGAGACCUCAGUUCUGCUGGAGUGUGGAGAGCUGGGGAUCGUGCCUGGGAAUAAGACAGGAGGGUUGCACAGGGGCCAGGUCAUAGUCGGGCCUACAGACCUCAGCACAGUGUCACUAAAGCGCAGGGGAUCUGGUGGCCUUUUACUGCUGUUUGGGAGCCAUCCCUCAGAGACACGUGGAGAAAGCCCUGAGAGAUGGCAAGAGCGAUGGGAGACCACUGUGGUGCUUUUGCUCUUGCUUGGCCACAGGGGAUGAUGGCUACACUGGAGAUGUAAUACUGGGGUGAGGGGAGAGGGGGCCAUGUUUGAGAGGCAGGUUAGAGGUUCAGGGAGUGUACUUGGUGGCAGGGCCAAGAUGCUGAGUAAGGAUUUAAAAAGGAUUUAAGUCUCUGGGUUGAGCUUAAUGGUAGGUGACAGUGGCAGUUUGUUAAAAAAAAAAAAAAAAACAGUAGGGCAGGUUGAGGAAGGGCAGCAGGAAGGGAGAGUUUGUAGUGGUCACAUGAAACUCAGGCUCUGGGAAACCGCCCAGGCCAAUCUGUCCAGCAGAUAAACAGAGAAAACUGGAGAACUUACCUCCCCAGGGAAGUCUGGUGUGCCAGCAUGUGCCCAAGAGAGACUUGGAGUAGACAGGAGCCCUUGGGAGGAGCAGUUAGAGGGGGCGUGGACCAAGGCUCUGGAACACCCACAUUUCCUGAGGUCCUGCUUGUCAGGGUCGAGCUGGGAAGGCAGAGCGGGGAGAAAAACAUAGAAGUCGGGGACAAUGGGUGGGCUAGAGCAAGGAAUUGCAAGAAAGGCGGCGGCUUGCUGGGAGGUGAGGUCACAUGGGGAUCUCACAAUGAUGAUCAGAAACCAAGCAUGAGGAGUGUAAGUGGGGGACGAUGCUCCAAAGGAGAGAGUCAAGGAGAAAGAAAGGCAGUGGGGAAAGUACCAGGUAGGAAGCCUGUCCUGGUUUUUAUUUGUUUUGUUUUGAGGCAGGGUCUCUUGCAGCCCAGGCUAGCCUCAACCUCACUAUGUGACCAGGGUUGACUUUGAAUCCUCCUGCCUCCCCAGGUCCCACGCACUGGGGUUUACAGACAUUCAUGGCCACAGCCUGUUCAUUCAGGACUGGAGAUGGAACCAGGGCUUCAGGCCGCCCCAUAAUCACUCUAGCUACCCAGCCACAGCCGAGCCCGGCUCUUGUCCCGUUAGCUCUUGUCACACACAGCACCUGCGGCACAGCCUGGCUCUGCAGCAAGGGCUAGUGAACAUGUGUGAGUCGGUAGGCAUGGGGGAAGGAAAGUGGGCUAAGGCAGAGCAGUGUCCUCUCUCUUGGAACGGGGAGGAGGGGACUCUGAGUAUGGCUGCCACAGCUGUCCACCCCGCCUGGCCUUGGGCCACAAGUAAGGCGAAUCCCUCCUUUACCUGGGCGAACCAGAGGCUCACUGAAGGGAGCCAUUCACAUUAGCUGCUGCUUAGGACAAGAGCUGGCCUUGUAAAUUUUUCUGUAAAGGGACAAGUCAUAAAUGUGAGAAGCUGCGUGGACCAUGAGGUGUCCGUCCCAGUAGCCAGCUCACCUCUGCAGACCCAGGCAGAAAUGACGUGUGUACAUGUGCGUGCAUGUGUGCGUGUGUAUGAGAAAGAGAGAGCUUGCACGCCCUAGUAAAGGUUUAUUUAUAAAGAGCCACAGCCUAGGGGCUGUAGCCUUCCAGUCUCCAGCAUUGCAGGGAGGGGCCACAGCUUGGGUGCAGGUUGUACACUAGUCCACCACUAAGUUACACUGCACACUCCCUUGCCUCCUCUUCUCUGUGAGCCACUGUAGGAAGCAAGCGUGAUAUUCACCAUAUUAUUAUAAACCUCAGAGUGCAUUUGCAUGUGUGACUGCAGGUGAUAAACUCCAACAUCUGCAACUCCUGUGGUUUCUAGCACUUGGACUUGGAUGAUCAGAGCUGGCACAGGACAUGGUUUGAGGAUAACUAAAUGCCAGAGACAAAAGAAACUGUAGGCUGGGGCUGUAGCUCAGGAGGUAGAGGGCUGGUCUAGCAUCCAGAAAGUCCUGGGUUUUGUUACCAGCGCUGCUAAAAUUCCAACAUGGUGGUAUGCACCCAUAAUCCCAGUGUGGCAGUGCACACCCAUAAUCCCAGCAUGUCAGUAUACACCUUAAUCCCUUCGUGGUAGUACACACCUGUAAUCCCUGCGUGGCAGCACACACCUGUAAUCCCUGCA